AUGCAGGGACUUGGACAGGAGUGGGUUCCAUCAAUCGAGACGCGCCCAGGCCCGAGAACGCGACUGCCCCAGAUUUCCCACAGCAGCAGAGGGUGGCCCAAGCUCCUCCAACUUCAACCCUUUUUUACAGUGAGCAAGUCAGUGCAAGCAGUCACGAACAAUUUCGGUUCCUUCCCACCAAAAUCGCAUCUUCUCUCUUUAACUUGCAUAAAUUUUCCCAUUCUUCCCAAUUGGAUCUUUUUGGCUCGAUUAGAGCCUUUUUGGCGGUGCAAUAUGAACCUGAAUCUGUCAGCAUCGCUCAACAUUUUCAAGCUUUUAGCGAAGCCUUCGCUGUGCCUUCCUCAUACCACAGUCGCAACUUUUGAUGACCUGCCCAUACCACUCAACAAAGCCUUCUCUAGAAAUGGCAGGCAGGUCGACAUCAGGGCUGUGGUGUUAGACAAGGACGAUUGUUUUGCAAUCCCAGACCAUAAUGAGGUCCAUGAGCCAUACAAGGGUCGGUUCGAGGCCUUACGAGCAGCUUAUCCAGGUCGCCGUCUCCUAAUUGUAUCAAACACCGCCGGUGCGACAAGCUACGAUGUCAAUGGCAAGCUAGCCUCAGCGGUUGAGGCAUCAACUGGAGUCAGUGUCCUUGCCCACACGGUGAAGAAGCCUGGGUGUGGUGACGAGAUCAUGUCGUACUUUCGCCAGCACCCGGAAACGGGAGUGACAGGCCCCCACCAGAUCGCCAUUGUGGGCGAUCGACUGGCGACUGACAUGAUGCUGGCCAACAUGAUGGGCAGCUGGGGCGUCUGGGUCAAGAACGGGAUUGUGCCGCUAGAGCAAAAGAGCAUUGUGAGCAUCAGAUGGCUUCGUGGCUUCUUAGACCCCCGCACUGACGCCAUGUUUAGUUCUCAAGGAUCGAAAGGAGGCUCGGGCCCUCCCUCCUCUCUCGAGGAUAUUCGGCGCCCGAGCCCUCAAAUCCUUUUGAGUAAGAGUGCGAUGGUAAACAUCGGAUUUUAUCGGUCACGGGCGGCCAGUACUCCCGGUGCGAGUGGGUCACUGGGCAGCAGCAGUGGUAGGACUGCUGGAACACGUAAGCCCUAUGUGGCCGCUGAACAAGGGAUUGUUCAAAGGGCCCUCGGCCGCGUGGGCCCUACUGCCCGUGGCGCUACCUCUGGAAUGAUAAACUCUUGGCCCCGCGGCCUUUGA